UUGAACAAAAUUUUGUAUUCGUGCGCGAAAUAAUUCCGCUUUCGGUCCAUAGUAAGCAGGGUUUUCACGACAGAAUAUAAUUAUUAUAUUACCAUGAAGAUCUAGUUAUUAGACAUGUUACUUGUGGGCCUAUACCUAUCAUUUUAAACCUGAAAGUACUUUAACGAAGUUGCGGAAGUUUGUCGAUCAUUUUGGUAGGUUGUUCGGCCCAUGUUUGGUAGAAUUUAUCAGCGUAUCUUUAAAUGGGAAGUUCCUAAAAAGUAGUGUAUAAAGUUAAAUUCUACGUGAAUUCCCGUGUGGAACACCAUGGGAAAUGCCGCAACAAGUAAAAAGGGUGAUUCAGUUGAGAAUGCCGAUGAUGUAGCCGACUUCCUUUCUAAAAGUAAAGGAUGCUAUUUUAAAGAAUUCUUAGAGCUGGCACAGAAAGACUUCAAAGAAAGAUGGGAGGCUCAACCAGUCAGUUCAGCCAAAUUGGACGACUUCCAUCGACUGAAGACGUUGGGAACGGGUUCGUUUGGCCGGGUCAUGCUAGUGCAACACAAGCAGACGAAGAAAUAUGCCGCCAUGAAGAUUCUUGACAAGCAGAAGGUGGUGAAGUUGAAACAGGUGGAACACACACUGAACGAGAAGAGGAUUCUAAAUUCCAUUAAAUUCCCGUUCCUCGUCAAUCUAGAAUAUCAUUUUAAGGACUGCACCAACCUGUACAUGAUUCUGGAAUUUGUCGCCGGGGGAGAGAUGUUCACGUAUUUGCGGCGGAAGGGAAGAUUUUCUGAGAAGCACUCUCAGUUCUACGCGGCGCAGGUCGUGCUGGCGUUCGAGUACCUGCACUCGCUCGACAUCAUCUACCGGGACCUGAAGCCUGAGAACAUUCUCAUCGACUCGCAAGGUUACGUCAAGGUAACCGAUUUCGGCUUUGCGAAGCGAGUGAAGGGCAGGACUUGGACUCUGUGUGGCACACCUGAGUACCUAGCACCGGAGAUCAUUCUCAGCAAGGGUUACAAUAAGGCGGUCGACUGGUGGGCACUGGGUAUUCUCGUCUAUGAAAUGGCUGCCGGAUAUCCGCCUUUCUUCGCCGACCAGCCGAUUCAAAUCUACGAGAAAAUCGUCUCAGGAAGGGUUCGCUAUCCGGCGAUGUUCACGGCAGACCUGAAGGAUCUUCUGCGCUCGCUGCUGCAGGUCGAUCUCACCAAGCGGUUCGGGAACCUCAAGAACGGCGUGAACGACAUCAAGAACCACAAGUGGUUCGCGACGGCCGACUGGAUCGCCAUCUACCAGAAGCGGGUCGAGGCGCCGUUCAUUCCAAAGUGCAAGGGUGCCGGAGACUCGAGCAACUUUGAUGAUUACGAGGAAGAGCCACUGCGAAUCUCGACAACGGAGAAAUGCGUCAAGGAGUUUGCCGACUUCUAGCAAGAAUGCGUCGGCGACAGCAGGGGAGCGGCGCGCGGGGGGUCGGGGCCGCCAUGACACCACCAGCGGACACACCACCAUGAGCAUCCCCCUAGCCUGCGGACGCGUGCACGGGAACACGUCAGCCGAUGUCUACCCACCAGCGUGUCUGCGUACCGGUGUCUGCGGACGCUAGGGCAGGGUGACGUGCCGACCAUCUAGUGUGAAUGCAUGAGCACCCUGGCUGGGGAGGGGGUGCGCGUGGCGAGGCGUUGGGCGGGGGGGCACACGCCGUCUGCUUAACCGCGAGGGCUGGACGAACAGUCGUCGUUGUUGUAGAGGUUGUUAUAUAUUGACAAACGCACCCGCGCGCUAUGCACAUACGCGUGGUCGCUUCACGGCAUGGUGGGUCGUCCGUCGGUGGGGCUGCACGGAUGCGCGUAGUUGUAAUAGACUAAUAAUAGCUAUUUUAAUACACACCUGCAUAUACCUGCAUCGUUAGUGCAGACUCUGUUGUUAGCGAAUGAGUUUAAUUCUAGUGGCACUCGCGUCGCUCGAGCUUUGAGCGUGAUUUGGCGCUGGCGGCUGAGAGUGAUUUGUAGACAUCGACGCUGGCUGUUGGUUUACGAUCGAUCGAUCUCGUAACGUCGCGAUUGUUAUGUGCGGGCAGUUUUGCCGAUCGCGAUUCGACUGUUUCGCGUAGGUGUUUGGUGUUGCGCUGCUGCACACGUCGGUAAACAUUUGACAUGUCUCGCACAUUUUGUGUUGCGGGUCGUUGGCCAGAUCGUGUCUGCAGAUAAUAAUAAUAGGGAUGGUAAUGUUAAUAAUAAUCAUGGUGAGUAUAACCCGCAACGUUGUACAUAGUGUAAGGGUGGCAAGACAGGAGGUUAUUGGGGACGCGUUCGGCUAGCUACGGUUAAUUUAAAUUUGUAUCCUGAUGCUCAUCUACAUAUACGUAUAUGUAUAUAGGUGUGUGUGUGUGUGCGUGCGUGCGUGCGUGUGUGUGAGAGAAUGUGUGCGUGUGCGCGCGUGCGUGCGUAUAUGUGUAUUGUCAUGCGUGGUUAGUUGUGCCAUGUUUUGCUCUGCUGGUCUAUCACAUGCCUCUGUCACAUGUGUCAACACGUACUGCUUCUAUGAUGUCAGCUGAAAAGGUCUCACGGAAUGCUUACAUCAAGCACCAAUCUAAUCAAACACAACCAAUGUCCCCUCAGCUGCAUAUAUAUAUAUUAUAUGCAUAUAGAUAUAUACGUAUAUAUAUAUAUACGCACCUGCGUCCGCAUUGUUGACACGUUGCCAUUGGCAACACUAAGGUAAUCUGCGGCAUACAUGUAUGGAUCGAUCACUAACGUAAAUGCGCAUGCGCAGUCAGUGUGGUUCGGACAUGCACGGCUGGCUCUACAGAUCGGCGGUGGUGGAGGUGUGGGGGUGGGGGUGGUGUGUAACGGUUAUUUUCGGGUUGCGGGGUAGGGCCAUUUUAAUUAUCAAGAAACCGAUAAUUAUCAGAUAUAUUUUUAUGUGGUUCGACGGCAACCGGGACGCGGGAAAACCAAAAUCACAAUUUUAAUUGACUAGUAACUGGGAAAUGACACGUUUGUUACCUGAUACAUUGGGUAUGAACGCUUUACGUGUAUUUGCCCUUGACGUUCGCUGUCCACCCUCCUAAUAGUGUCUCUUGUCAUAGCGGUUUUAGCUUUUCUCGUUGAUGCGUCUCGAAAUCUAUAACAGUCGUUAUCGGUCAGAAUUUUAUCGUUGUUGUUGCGGUUGCCGUCGUCGUCGUCGUCAUCGUCGUCUUGUUGUUUUUGUUUUUGUUGUUGUUAUUGUUGUACAGAUAGAUUUUCAUUCGCGGGGCGACACCAGCUCCGGUUAGAUUUAUGUUCUCGCACAUUAAAUAGUCGCAGGCGCACAGCGUAGAGCGUAGAUCUACGAAUUAUAACGUAGUGAUCAUACCCACUGCUAAUAUCACGACGUGCGUGCGUGAAUACGUGUGUGUGUGUGCGUGCUGUUGGCAGGCUGCUCCGUAUUUUUCACACUCGUCUUUGUUGGAGUUGGCAUAUUCGAUUCCUCGGUGUGGCACACUUUUUCUAGUUGAAUAUAUCCCACAGGUGGCGUUAGUGUCGGCGAAAUCGUAAAAUCACCGCGCUGUGCCGCGUAUGAGCACAGGCUUAUGCGGCGUUCACACAGUGCCGAUUAUGGCUCCCGUUUGAGAUCAGACAGCGCUAUGACACGAAAAGUGAAAAAGUCGGAUUACUAUCCUCAAUGAUCUUGAAUGUCCUAUCAUUGUUUGAACGCAGUCGUAUACGUUCGUAACAGAGUCCUACGGAUCGGGAAUGGUCUGGAGAGGUCGGCCAAGCACUCCCGACAGUUAGGUGCGUCCCGUAACAUUCGGGAAACUCAGCCGAUUUUGUCUAGUCGGAUUAAAAUGGUGACUAUGUCGUGACAGAUUCUGCUGUCUCGGAUCAAAAUCGUAACAAUGUCCUGUGUUGUCUGGCCGGUGUCCUGUGGAUCGUGAUGAACGGGCAUGAUCUGGAGAAAUCCAUCGAUCAUUGUCAUCGUCUUCCGUCAGCGUCGGUUCACUGUUGGGUCACUGUCUGAUCUUUGUCGGAUCGCAUUCGGGAGAAUCGGGACGCUGUCGGGACAGAUUUGGUCGUUUUUUACUAUGCGAAAGAUACAAAUCGGAUCAUAAUCGGAUUGAGAACUGGAGAAUCGGGACGAAUUCGGCUGGAAACGGCUGAAUCGGGACGCUUCCUGAACAAUAUCUGAUUGCUGUCGUGAUUAAAUAAAUGUUUUUACAAAUUUUUAAUAAAGUUUGAAUUUCCCUACACGAAUCACAGGAUCUUGAUCAGACUUUUGACAAAUUUUAAUCGAGAAUGGUCCUAUCAAGGACGGCAGUAAAAAUCCUGAAUGUGUGACUGGUGCCUUAACGCGCCCAGCGUAUGAUAGUCGCUGAUAGCCCAACAAAAAGUACAUUGUAUCACUCUAUGAUAGCACGUGCACGCGAAAGGGUUCUGUGUUAGUGCGGACGGGGGCGCCACUGUGCCGUCUUGCGUCUUCUUUGUCAGAAGGUGUCGCUGUUGCUGGCGGUGCGCGCGCAGCACUACCGCAACUGCGUCUGAACCGGUACUGAGCGAGCGUUUUAUUUAUAGAGGAGAUAUAUCUCUAUGCUCAAGCCAAAAAAUUUCAUGAAAUUUCCAGCACCUAAUUAUGU